AUGAACGACGCGGACAGUAACCCAUCUCACGCGCAGUUUGAGCUCUUCACUCAGGCUCAGACUUUAAAAGAUGUCCAACAGCACUUCGCCGAACUCUGCAAACAGCUGGACAUCGACCCAAAGGACUACGCCCACUUCUACAAGACACUGAAGGACAAACUCAACUCAUGGAAGGCCAAAGCACUGUGGACCAAGUUUGACAAGAGAGCCUCCCAUCCGGACUACCAGCAGGGAAAAGCCUGCGCCAAGAACAAAUGCCUGGUUCUGGGGGCUGGACCUGCUGGACUGAGGACAGCCAUAGAAUUGUCUCUGCUCGGAGCUCAAGUCGUAUUGAUCGAAAAGAGAGAAACCUUCUCCAGGAACAACGUGCUGCACUUGUGGCCCUACACCAUUGUGGACCUGCGCUCUUUAUGUGCCAAGAAGUUCUAUGGAAAGUUCUGCACCGGAGCCCUGGACCACAUCAGCAUCCGUCAGCUGCAGUUGAUCCUCCUGAAGGUGGCGCUGCUGCUGGGGGUGGAGGUGCACACUGGAGUGGAGUUCCAUGGUCUGGUUCAGCCCUCAGGAGACAACGGAUGGAGGGCUCAAAUAAAACCUGCGUCUCACGUUGUCUCCUCGUAUCAGUUUGAUGUGUUCAUUUCUGCAGCCGGAGGAAGCUAUCGUCCUGAAGGUUUUAAGAAUAAGGAGCUGAGGGGGAAGUUGGCCAUCGGGAUCACUACAAACUUUGUGAACAGACACACUUCAGCUGAGGCUCAGGUGGCCGAGAUCAGCGGAGUCGCCCGGAUCUACAGACAGAAGUUCUUCCAGGACCUGCUCACACAAACUGGCAUUGAUUUGGAGAACAUUGUUUACUACAAAGACGACACGCACUACUUUGUGAUGACGGCAAAGAAGAAGAGUCUGCUGAAGAAAGGCGUCAUAAAACAGGACUUUGCAAACGCGGAGGAGCUCUUGUCUCGCUCCAAUGUGGACUACGAGGCUCUGUGUCAGUACGCUCAUGACGCUGCUGACUUCUGCACCGAAGGGAAACUGCCCGACCUAGAGUUUGCCCUGAACCACAAAGGGAAGAAGGACGUGGCCAUGUUUGACUUCACCUGCAUGCACCGCGCAGAAAACGCCUCCAUGGUGCGAGAGCGCAGAGGCAAGAAGCUGCUCAUCGCUCUGGUGGGAGACUGUCUCAUGGAGCCCUUCUGGCCUUUGGGGACUGGAAUAGCUCGUGGGUUUCUGGCAGCGUUUGACACGGCCUGGAUGGUGAAGAGCUGGGGCAUGGGGACCCCACACCUCAAGAUCCUGGCAGAAAGAGAAAGUGUGUACCAGCUCCUGUCUCAGACCACUCCUGAAAACACCAGUAAAAACUACAGCGCCUACAGCCUCAACCCCAAAACACGAUACCAGCGAGUGAACUUCGGCUCUAUCCAGGCUCAUCAGGUGCAGCAUCUCUACGACACGGACAAAGGCAGCUCUCUGAGCAAUAGGCUGAAAAACAAACUGAACCCAACGAGACAAGAUUCAGUGAGUGGCUUCGAUGAGCUGCUGCGGUGGUGUCAGAAACACACUGCAGGUUAUAAAAGUGUUCAUGUGACCGACCUGACUGAGUCAUGGAGGUCUGGACUGGCCCUGUGUGCACUCAUCCACUACUUCAGACCUAAACUCAUUGACAUGAGCAGUCUGCAUGAGUCUGAUCCAGUCCUGAACCACCACUUGGCCUUCAGUGUCCUGGAGAAGGAGCUGGGCGUCCCUCGAGUCAUGUCCCCAGAGGAUUUCACCAGCGACACUCCAGUCGACAAACUGUCCAUGGUGCUGUAUCUUACACAGGUGCAGAAGGCCUUCACAGCGCCCCCUAAAGAUCCUGUGGGUCCGUCUGCAAAGCCCCUGACUCUGUCUCAGACUCAGUCAGCUGUUUUCUUCCUGAGCAAACUGAAACACAACUCACUACAACGGCAGAAGGACAAGUUGGCGUCUCAGAAAAGGUCCACUCUGAGAGACAAAGCAAUGGGGGAUGAGGGAAAAAUGCUGUGUGGACCUCCAGAGUCUCGGCCUAAUCAUGAACCCACCCCAGUUUCAAACCCUCCCCUUGGGCCUGUUUCUCCAUCUCCUCCUCAAUCUCCUACAUCUCCUCCUCCAUCUUCUGCAUCUCCUCCUGCCUCACCCACUGCGUCUCCCACUGCAUCUCCCCCUCCCCUGGACCCUGGCUCUCUGAUGUUGGACCCUGGUUCUCCCCUGGACCCUAGCUCUCCUGUGGACCCUGGCUCUGCCCUGGACCCUGGCUCUCCUGUAGACGCCGGCUCUCUGGCCGUGUCAGGGGAGUGUUACUUCUGCACACAGAGGGUGUAUGUUCUGGAGAGGAUAAGUGCAGAGGGGCUGUUCUUCCACCGCAGCUGCUUCACGUGUCAUCGCUGUGGGAUCACUCUGAGGCUCGGGGGAUACACCUACGACCAGCCUACAGGGAGGUUCUUCUGUGAGCUGCACUCUGAAGAACUGCUGACCUCUGCUCUCACAGCAUGUCAGGAUAUCAACAAUCACAAAGACGAAGAAAACAUUCUCUCCAGCGACUACACGCCCUCUCCUUCAGACGAGGAGUUGGAUAACAUGUUGGACUGUCCACCGUUGCGCCGAUCCCUCAAAGCUCCUGAUUCUCUCAAAACCAACUUAACCGACCCGCACCCUGUUUUUAGAAACCUCUCCCUCAAAAUCAACACCCCUGAACCCACAGAUCAGGAAACCACAACGUGCCCUGUCCCAAAGCCGCGCCUUUCCAGACAAACAAGUCCACCAAAUCCCCCAGUUGCUAAACCUAGAACUAUUCAUCUUAGCAGUAAUACUAGCCCCCCAUCUUCCCCGGCUAAACUUUCCCUGAAAAAGCUGCAAUUGACCGAUGAGGAGAAAAGCCAGCUGGUGAAUUUACAGAACUUUUUCAGUGCCGAUUCGGAUUCAGAGACUCCAUGCGGUUCUUCAUCUUGUUCGUCAUCGUCUGCGACUGUGACAAAAUCCCACGAAGGGCCAGAGGAGGAGGGCUAUUGGAGCGGGAGCACUGCAGGCAACUUCAGGGAGAAGAGGAACCGGAGGUGUUUCAAAAGGAAGGAGAUCCCCGGAGGACAGACCAAAGCCCGAUCCAAGUUUUCACCCUGGAACCUGUCGUCGCCAAGAAUCAGCCGUGACGGGAAACUCAGUGUGCUCAGUCAUCCUGGGCGUGUGGAAACCACGUUCAGACACGCACACUGCGCCUCAGAGAAUGACGCUGAUGAUGAUGAUGAAGAGGAUGACGAGAUGUUUCAGGACGACGACCUGGACCUGUUCAAUGACAAAUUCUAUUCGUUGCCAUCGGACCCUGUGGAGGCUCAGAAGUUGGAGCUGAUGAAGAUGAGAACUCUGGAGCGAAGAGCAAAGAUGAGUGAACUGCAGCGACUGAGAAAAGCACAGACAAUCCAGAGGCGGCUGGAGGAGAUCGAAGUCACCUUUAAGGAUUUGGAGGAAAAGGGCGUCGAGUUGGAGAGAACUCUACGUCGUGACGAUGACAGCUCGUCGGACAUGAUCGAACACUGGAUUCAGUUGGUGCAUGAGAAGAAUGCACUGGUGUCGGAGGAGUCUGAACUUAUGGUGGCCUCUCGUCAGUUGGAGUUGGAGGACAAACAGGGCAUGUUGGAGCUGGAGCUGCGUAAAUACAUGGAGAUCACAGACAAAAGCGCAGAGGAGGCGGCGGAGGAGGAGCGGAUCCUGCAGCAGGUGAUUGAGACGGUGGACAUGAGGGACUCACUGGUGUCUUUCCUGGAGGAGAAACGUCUCAAAGAAAUGACUGAAGAACAAGAAGCCUUCACAGUCAUGGAGGCAAAACGUCACUCCAAAAAGCAACUCCAGAUCCAGGACUUUAUAAGGAAUUCUGUCCAGAUUGCCGAAAAAAAGAAAUCCAAGUGCGAGAAGAGUGGACAUGCGAAUGAUCAGUUUCCAGAAUGUGGUCCAGAGGAGUCUGACUCCACAAGCAUCAGUCUCCUCCACUGCACCGGGCGCUCAGGAGAGUCAGAGUCACGCUCUCGAAUUCCCUGUUGA